AUGUUGGAACUUGAGAGUCAUGUCACCAUCCAGAAACGCGCCUAUUACUCCCCUCCCUGGGCGGACGUAAGCAUCAUUGCGGUAGCUGGAAGCUCAGGCUCCGGGAAGUCAACCUUAUCACAAGCUAUUGUGAAGAAACUGAACCUUCCUUGGGUUGUGAUUCUGUCCAUGGACUCAUUCUACAAGACACUCACCCCUGAACAAUCCAAGUUGGCUUUUGCCAACGAAUACGAUUUCGAUUCGCCAGAUAUCUACUGCGAAGCUGAUGCCGACACAUGUUUGUCGAGACGAAUUGUUCGGGAUGUGCGAGAAAGGGGUAGAGAUAUCGAAGGAUGCAUUAAACAGUGGUUCGGAUUUGUCAAACCUAAUUUUGAAAAAUUCGUUGAGCCUCAACGCAAAGUGGCCGACUUGAUUGUUCCGCGGGGCAUCGAAAACCGUGUUGCAUUAGAUAUGAUGGUUCAAUUCAUUGAAAAGAAGCUUUUCGAAAAAUCUAUCCACCACCGUGAAGCCCUCUCUAGGCUUGAGGCCACCUGCAAAGAGCAACCCCUUUCGGAUCGCGUUGUCAUCCUGGAUGGUACGCCGCAGCUGAAGGUGAUGAAUACCAUUUUACAAGAUGUCGAUACCUCAGCGGAGGACUUCAUCUUCUAUUUUGAUCGGUUGGCAGCACUCAUUAUUGAAGAGGCCUUGAAUAGUGUACAAUUCGUAUCUUUGGCGAUCGAGACUCCACAAAGCCACAAAUACCAGGGACUGAAGCCCAAGGGUGAAGUGAGCGCAGUAAUCGUGCUUCGAGGCGGGUCCGCAUUUGAAUCGGCGCUGCGGAAAACGAUCCCUGACUGCCGAACAGGGCGGCUGUUGAUUCAGUCGGACUUCUCUACGGGUGAGCCCGAACUCCAUUAUCUGCGAAUUCCAGAAGACAUCCAUCAACACGAAAGCGUUCUGCUACUGGAUACGCAAAUGGCCAGUGGAGGUGCGGCGCUCAUGGCUGUCCAAGUAUUGGCUGGAGCUGGUUUCAAUUUUGGGUCACGGUCCAACGUCCUGGCUACUGCUCGUCACAAGUUGAAUCUAUCCGUUCACUACCGCUCUUUGACUGGGAAGCCUCUUCCCCAGGUUAAUCCUUGGGUCCUCAAUUUCUGCUACAGGGCCGGGGCUUGGCUCGGCAUAUCUAUUACGGUGCUUGGGAUCGGGGUGAUUGCCUUUUUCCUCUACGAUGCCACCACUUACAAGCAAGAAGGGAAGCAGAACGACAUCAACGUUUCGCAACUGGCUCUACAGCCUCGACGAGGCGGCCCAGACAACCUCCCCAUUGCCGAAGUCUUCAUAGAUGACGACGAUUGCGAAGCGAAAAAGCGAAUCAAAGACAAGCCCAGACUUGUUGUUCUUGGCGGAGGCUGGGGCGGUGUUGCUCUCCUAAAGGCUCUCAAUCCUGACGACUACCACGUUACGGUCAUCUCACCCACCAACUACUUUCUAUUUACGCCGAUGCUUCCUUCAGCUACUGUAGGAACCUUGGAGUUACGGUCUCUUGUUGAGCCCAUUCGUCGAGUUUUGAGCAGAGUUCAUGGCCACUUCAUUCGCGCCAAAGCAGAAGACGUCCAUUUUUCCGAUAAGUUGGUCGAGGUCUCUCAGCUGGACAGCCGGGGCAAUCGAACUCGGUUUUAUGUGCCUUACGAUAAGUUGGUAAUUGCUGUGGGUUCUGUCACAAAUCCCCACGGUGUCAAGGGCCUUGACAAUGCCUUCUUUCUCAAGGACAUCAACGACGCAAGGAAGGUACGGAACCAGGUAGUCCGCAAUCUCGAAGCUGCUUGCUUGCCAACGACGUCGGACGAAGAACGCAAACGCCUUCUGUCCUUUGUCGUGAGUGGUGGUGGACCCACAGGCGUCGAAUUCGCGGCAGAAAUGUACGACCUUUUGAACGAGGAUCUCACCCGUCACUUUCCUAGGCUGCUUCGAAACGAAAUUUCAGUUCAUCUCAUCCAGAGUCGAAGCCACAUUCUCAACACAUACGACGAGACUGUCUCCAAGUAUGCCGAGGACCGAUUUGCGCGAGAUCAAGUCGACGUUCUCACAAACUCACGAGUCAAGGAAGUUUGUCCGGACAAGAUCAUUUUCACGCAAAAGCAGGAAGACGGCAGUCUUGUCACUAAAGAGCUCCCAGCAGGCUUUGUGCUUUGGUCUACUGGUGUGUCACCGACUGCACUUUGUCAGAAAUUGGCUCAGAAGCUAGGAAAUGUACAGACCAAUCGUCAUGCUCUGGAGACCGACACACACCUUAGACUAAAUGGAACACCAUUAGGUGAUGUCUAUGCUAUUGGAGACUGCUCUACUGUUCAGAACAAUGUCGCAGAUCACAUUAUUACCUUUCUCCGCACUCUUGCAUGGAAGCAUGGCAAAGAUCCCGAAACGCUUCAGCUACACUUCAAGGAUUGGCGCCAGGUUGCACACGACGUGAAAAAACGUUUUCCCCAAUCGGUGAACCAUCUCAAGCGGCUAGACAAGCUAUUUGCCGAGUUUGAUAAAGACCAGUCUGGAACAUUGGAUUUUGGAGAGCUGAGGGAACUCCUAAAUCAGAUUGAUAGCAAGCUGACCUCACUGCCGGCGACUGCCCAAAGAGCACAUCAACAAGGCUACUAUCUCGCCCAGAAGUUCAACAAACUUGCACACUUGUCAGAAGGGUUGUCGGCCAACGAUAUUCGAGAUGGAGAUCUUGAUGCCGCAGCCUACAAAGCAUUCGAAUACCAUCACUUAGGGAGCUUGGCAUAUAUCGGAAACUCUGCCGUUUUUGACCUGGGUGAAGGCUGGAGUAUAGCAGGCGGCCUGUGGGCCGUUUAUGCAUGGCGAUCUGUCUAUUUUGCGCAAAGUGUGAGCUUCCGUACACGGUGUUUGUUGGCCAUGGACUGGGCCAAGCGUGGACUAUUCGGACGAGACUUGAUGAGUUUCUAA